GUGUCAGGAGGAGCGAGCGGGCGGCGGGGAGGGCGCCGGUGCCGCGGCUAUCGCGAGAGGGAGGCGCCGCUGGGAGAGGAGAGAGGGCGGCGGGGGGAGCCCCAGAGCCGGGAGCCCGGCGCAGCCGUAACGGCUCCUCAGUUUCCCAUCAUGGCGGGGGCCGGCGCCAGCGGCCGGGAUAAGCGGGAGACGGCGGCGCGGCUGAAGACGGUGCUGGGCGGCGAAAGCGGCGCGGCGGCGGCGGCUGAGCUGCGGGCGCUGCUAGAGCGGGUGCUGGCCCCGGCGGCGGGCCCGGGCGGCGGCGGCGGCGAGGCGGCGGCCGAGGCGCUGGAGUGGUGCCGCUGCCUGCUGUCGGGCGGGGAGCCCUGGGACAGCUUCGUGCAAGCCGUGCGGGCCUACGACCCGGCCACGCUGUGCGGCCUGGUGUGGACGGCCAACUUCGUGGCCUACCGGUGCCGGACGUGCGGGAUCUCACCCUGCAUGAGCCUGUGCGCCGAGUGCUUCCACCAGGGCGAGCACGCCGGGCACGACUACAACAUGUUCCGGAGCCAGGCGGGGGGCGCCUGCGAUUGCGGCGACAGCAACGUCAUGCGGGAAGCCGGGUUUUGUAAAAGACACCGGAUUAAGUCAAAUUCAAAUGUUCCAUGUGUCCCGAAAGACUUGUUGAUGAUGUCAGAAUUAGUUCUUCCACAGUUCAUCUUUAGUCUUAUUCAGCACUUAAGAGAGGGGUAUAAUGAGCCUGCUCUUGAUGUGCCAUCAGAGAAAGACCUUCAUAAAAUCCUCCAGGUUUUGGAGCCUCACGUUUCAUUUCUAGAAGACUUGACCAAAAUGGGAGGAGCAAUGCGAUCAGUUCUUACCCAGGUUUUGACUAGCCAACAGUUCUACAAAGAUCUUAGCUCUGGUGUUGGAGAGAAUGCAUGUGCAAAGAAAAGUCAUGAGAAGUACCUCAUUGCUUUGAAAGGCUCUGGUCUGGCAUUUCCUGAGGAUAAAAUUGCAUGUGGUAUGCAGGAACAAGGAGCUGGAACUAGCACAUUAGCAGUUCAAGGUUUAGCAGGUGCUACAGCAACAUCAGGACAAGGGGAUUCUUCAGAUGAGGAGGACCAGGAUGGUAGCCAAGGUGUGGGCAAGCGCAAGAGAGUGAAACUAAGCAGCACCACCAAAGAUCAAUCUAUCAUGGAUGUUUUGAAGCAUAAAUGUUUUUUAGAAGAAUUAUUAUUUUGGACAAUAAAAUAUGAGUUUCCACAGAAGAUGGUGACUUUCUUACUCAACAUGCUACCAGAUCAAGAUUAUAAGAUUGCUUUUACAAAAACUUUUGUUCAGCAUUAUGCUUUUAUUAUGAAAACACUGAAGAAAAGCCAUGAAUCAGACACAAUGUCUAAUAGAAUUGUGCAUAUCAGUGUUCAGUUGUUCAGCAAUGAAGAACUAGCACGCCAAGUAACAGAAGAAUGUCAGCUGCUGGAUAUUAUGGUCACUGUUCUGUUAUAUAUGAUGGAAAGUUGCCUUAUUAAAAGUGAAUUGCAAGAUGAAGAAAAUAGUUUACAUGUUGUGGUGAAUUGUGGGGAAGCACUACUGAAGAAUAAUACUUACUGGCCCCUGGUUAGUGAUUUUAUAAACAUACUUUCACACCAAAGUGUGGCGAAGAAAUUUUUGGAAGAUCAUGGUCUUUUGGUAACAUGGAUGAAUUUUGUAUCAUUCUUUCAAGGUAUGAACUUAAAUAAACGAGAACUAAAUGAGCAUGUGGAGUUUGAAUCACAGACAUACUACGCUGCCUUUGCUGCUGAGCUGGAAGCCUGUGCCCAGCCAAUGUGGGGUCUUCUAUCACACUGCAAAGUUAGGGAAACACAGGAAUACACACGAAACGUUGUCAGAUACUGCCUUGAAGCGCUUCAGGACUGGUUUGAUGCUAUCAACUUUGUAGAUGAGCCAGCUCCUAACCAAGUUACUUUUCAUUUGCCACUGCACCGUUACUUUGCCAUGUUUUUAAGUAAGGCUGUCAAAUGCCAAGAACUAGAUCUUGAUACUAUCUUGCCAGAUCAGGAGAUGCUGAUGAAAUUAAUGAUUCACCCACUUCAGAUUCAGGCAAGUCUUUCUGAAAUUCACAGCAACAUGUGGGUUAGAAAUGGUCUACAAAUUAAAGGACAGGCCAUGACUUACGUGCAAUCUCAUUUCUGCAAUUCAAUGAUUGAUCCUGACAUUUAUCUGCUGCAAGUCUGUGCAUCUAGGCUGGACCCGGAUUAUUUUAUUUCAUCUGUUUUUGAAAGAUUUAAGGUGGUAGAUCUGUUAACAAUGGCAUCACAGCAUCAAAAUACAGUUCUUGAUUCAGAGCAUGAAAGGUCGAUGUUGGAAGGAGCUUUAACGUUUUUGGUCCUUCUUUUAAGUCUUCGUUUACAUUUAGGAAUGACAGAUGAUGAGAUCCUCAGAGCAGAGAUGGUAGCCCAGCUCUGUAUGAAUGACAGGACACACAGUUCAUUAUUGGAUCUCAUUCCAGAAAACCCCAAUCCUAAAAGUGGUAUUAUUCCAGGAAGCUUAAGCUUUGAAUCAGUCUUGUCAGCAGUUGCUGAUUUUAAAGCUCCUGUUUUUGAACCUGGAGGUUCCAUGCAACAAGGAAUGUAUACACCUAAAGCUGAAGUCUGGGAUAAGGAAUUUGAUCCUGUCAUGGUAAUACUUCGAACAGUUUACCGUAGAGAUGUGCAGUCUGCAAUGGACAGAUAUACAGCAUUUUUAAAGCAAAGUGGUAAGUUCCCUGGGAACCCAUGGCCUCCUUACAAGAAGAGAACACCACUACACCCAAGUUACAAAGGUCUCAUAAAGCUUUUACACUGUAAAACCUUGCACAUCGUGCUGUUCACACUUCUUUACAAGAUAUUAAUGGAUCAUCAGAAUUUAUCAGAACACGUGCUUUGUAUGGUUUUGUAUUUGAUUGAGCUGGGGUUGGAAAAUUCUCCAGAACAAGAGUCAGAUGAAGAGGAAUCUGCCGGUGGACAGGAGCGGUGCCAUGAUAGCUGGUUUCCAGGUAGUAACUUGGUUUCUAACAUGCGUCACUUCAUUAACUAUGUCAGAGUAAGAGCACCAGAAACUGCUCCAGAGGUGAAGAGGGAACCACCUGCAAGUACAAGUUCUGAUGGUUUAGCUUCAUCACAAAGUUCAAGGCGGAAGAGCCUCCAGAGAGAGAACUCGGGGACAGCUCAAGUGUUCAGUUUGGUCGCAGAACGUAGGAAGAAAUUUCAGGAGAUCAUCAAUCGGAACACCAGUGAGGCAAAUCAAGUGGUUCGGCCCAAAACGUCAAUGAAAUGGUCAGCACCCGGUGCAACUCCACAGUUAACCACAGCCAUUCUAGAAGUCAAGGAAAGUAUACUGUCCUUGCUGAUUAAAUUGCAUCACAAACUCUCAGGAAAGCAAAACUCUUACUAUCCUCCAUGGUUGGAUGAUGUGGAUGUUUUAAUCCACCCUGAAAUUCCAAGAUACUCUCACGGUGAUGGAAUGACAGCAGUAGAAAGAAUUUUGUUGAAAGCUGCUGUACAGAGCAGAUUGAAUAAACGUAUAAUUGAAGAGAUAUGCAGAAAAGUGACACCUCCUGUACCACCGAAAAAGAUUAGUUCUGCAGAGAAGAAAACUUUGGAUAAGGAAGAAAGACGACAGAAGGCCAGAGAAAGGCAACAGAAAUUGUUGGCUGAAUUUGCCUCAAGGCAGAAAAGCUUCAUGGAAACUGCCAUGGAUGUUGAAUCGCCAGAUGCUGAUAUUGCCAUGGAGGUAGCUACAUCAGAACAGCAUGUUUCUGAGGCAAUAUAUGAUUGUGUUAUUUGUGGACAAAGUGGCCCUUCUACUGAAGACAGACCUACAGGGCUAGUUGUACUAUUACAAGCAUCCUCAGUGUUGGGACAGUGCCGCAAUAGCACUGAGCCAAAGAGACUACCAACUACUGAAGAGGAGCAAAUAUACCCUAGGGAUACCUGUGCAACACUGCAUGAUGUACGGCUUACAACUUUACAGCGAUACUUUAAAGAUAGUUCCUGCCUGCAAGCAGUGUCAAUAGGCUGGGAAGGAGGUGUUUAUGUACAAACUUGUGGUCACACUUUACACAUAGAUUGUCACAAAUCUUACAUGGAGUCUUUACGGAAUGACCAGGUCCUCCAGGGUUUUUCAGUGGACAAAGGAGAAUUUACCUGUCCCCUCUGUAGGCAAUUUGCUAACAGUGUUCUUCCUUGUUAUCCUGGAAACAACGUGGAAAGAAGCCUUUGGCAAAGUCAUAGUAACAAGUGUAUGCGAGAUCUUGUACAAGAGGUGGAAGAUCUUCAAGAACAGCUGGGAACUUUCCCAGUAAGCAUCAGUUCUGAAACCAAUCUCAGUAAAGAAAUGGAAUCUGUAAUGAAAGAUAUAAAAAGUACCACACAGAAGAAGUAUACAGAUUAUAGUAAGACUCCUGGAUCACCUGACAAUGAUUUUCUGUUUAUGUAUUCAGUAGCCAGAACAAACUUGGAACUUGAGCUGGUCCAUCGAGGAGGCAAUUUAUGUUCAGGAGGUGCAAGCACAGCUGGGAAAAGGUCAUGUUUAAAUCAGCUGUUCCACGUGUUGGCCAUGCACAUGCGCCUCUACAGUAUAGAUUCUGCAUACAAUCCCUGGAGAAAACUAACCCAGCCGAUGCAGGAUAAGAAUUCAGAGCAAGUAUUUUUAUUUACCAGAUACCAAUUUUGCCUUGUGCCAGAGACAUCCCUACAGAGGGGCUUUGGGCUGGUAAGUGAAGAGCUGCCAGAAGUUCCUGUGCUUUACAGAGAUGUCUCAUCCCUUUUGCUUAUCCAGAUUUUAACAAUGCCUCAACCAUUGCACAAAGAACACUUCACCUGCAUUAUAAAAGUGCUGUUCACUUUACUGUAUACUCAAGCUUUGGCAGCACUUUCCGUUAAAUGCAGUCAUGAGGAUAGAAUGGCAUGGAAAGAGUCAGGAGCUCUCAAAAAGAAUACGCCCAGUGGAGAGAAAUCUUGGGAGGUAUUGCUGGGUCAUGUGAUCAGUGAGCUGUCUAAGGGGAAGAUAUACGAAGAAGGAGAGACUGAAGAAAUAACAGUGGUAAAUCCCGAUUCCGUAGAGUGCUAUCUGCAACAGUUCUGCCUGCCAUUCCUCAGGAUCACAAGCCUUCUUCAACACCAUCUUUUUGGAGGGGAUUUACCUAGUUGCCAGGAAGAUGAAGAAUUCACAGUUCUCGCAAGCUGCCUGGGUCUAUUGCCAUCUUUUCAGUCAGCUCAUCAGUUCACCAGUGCCUCUUGUCUUGACUGGCCUGUGCCAGCAUUUGACAUGGUAUCACAGUGGUGCUCAGAAUUGGCUUCAUUUGCAGAUAGACAUCCAGAUCAAGUAAAGGCUUUGCUUAUCCAGGAACCUAAGUGGGACUUGCCACGCCUCCUUCAGCUGCCUGAGAAUUAUAAUACCAUUUUUCAGUAUUAUCACAGAAAGACUUGUACUGUUUGUACCAAGGUUCCUAAAGAUCCUGCUGUUUGUCUAGUUUGUGGUACUUUUGUAUGCUUGAAAGGACUGUGCUGCAAACAACAGAGUUACUGUGAAUGUGUACUGCAUUCUCAAAACUGUGGAGCUGGGACAGGAAUAUUUCUUUUGAUUAAUGCAUCUGUAAUCAUCAUCAUACGAGGCCAUCGUUUCUGCCUUUGGGGUUCUGUUUAUCUAGAUGCACAUGGUGAAGAAGACAGAGAUCUUAGGCGUGGUAAACCUCUCUACAUAUGCAAGGAAAGAUACAAAGUGCUUGAGCAGCAGUGGGUGUCUCAUACCUUUGAUCAUAUCAAUAAAAGAUGGGGGCCACAUUAUAAUGGCUUGUAAAUCGUCAUCAUCAUCUACACACCAUAUCAUUGUUACCACGAAUGAAUGCAUCUUGACUGACAAUAGCUUUAACUGAAUGGGAAUUUAGUUCUUUGGCUUGGGGUGGAGCGGGGUAUGGGCAUAAAAGGGAAAUGGAACUUUGUCAACAUGUGAAUUUUUUGCAAAAUUAGCUGCUGUUGCUACUAAACAAUGAUACUAUAAUUUGAAAUUAAAUUCUCAAAAUGGUGUGAGCAAUCUGAUUGCACUCAGUAGUCCAUUUUUCUUUUGUUUUUUAAAGCCCAUUAUUGUUAAGAAGCACAAAUUUUACUUAGUUGUUUAGAAGCUCCAGUUAUAGCUGUCAGGUUUUUAUUUUUCUCUGCAUGGAGUUGAGUUUUUAGCAAUUUUUGCUGAAACAGUGUAUAUGUCUAUUACACCUACUAAAUAUGUUGGAUAAAAUUUCUCUGCCUUUUUUUGUGUUGGUUUGAGGUUUUUGCUUGAUACGCGUUUGUAAUUAGACAGGAUUUGUAAAACAAUUGUGAGACUGCAUGGUAACAAUUGGUCUGAAAGUUGAAUUUUAAAGAGUAUUUCACUUAUCGUGAGAGGUCUAUUGAAAUAUUUCAGGCAUUACUGAAAACUUACGCAUUCUCAGGAAUUUUAAUUUUUUUUCUCCAUAAAUAAGUGAAAUAGCUGUAAAUUAGGUAUCUUAUUUCUAUUAAUGUAAUCCAGAACACAUAUUAUUCUUCUUUUUUCUUUUCCAGAAAGGAGAUUUUUUUUUCCAUAUCAAUCGAAUAAAAUGUUAGAGAUAACACAUACAGAAAUUGCUGUAUAUAGAGAAUUUGUAUGGCACCCAACAUAGCAGAUCCCAGUUACAAGCAUAACAACCAUAAGCCUGCCGGUCAUUUCAAACCAGAUGUAUGUUUCAGAAUGAUUGGAUUGGAAAUGUGCAGGCUAUUCUGCAAAUAAAACAUAAUUUUGUAUCUUUCCUGUCGUUUCAGGAGGUUCCUCUAUAUUGUAUUUGUUUAGAGUAAUCACUGUUCUUUCUGCCUGGUUUUCUAAAUAGGAAAAAAACCAAAACAAAGAUAGCCUAGAUGAACAACCAAUGCAUGUGCAGCCUCACUGGAUGAAUGCCAAAACAGCUUAUGUUUAGAGGGCUAAAAAUUAAUGAGAACAGACAUGACUGGGCUAAACCCCACAGUGUAAGUAGGUAGGAAAGAUUGUAGUUAAAAUACUGGUAUGUAAUAUAUUGCUACUAAUGUUUGUCACAAGUGUUGGACAUUUGUUGGCUAUUUCAUACAGUACUACCAAGCAGUUCCUGGUAGUUUUGACUUUCAUAGCUUGCGUGUAAUAUAAAAUUUAUAUGUGUAAAAUAAAAACAUCUUAUGAUAAAAUCACAUAUACAAUGAAAACAGUUCCCUUGUGGAAGUCAUUAUCUAAUGAAAAGUGUAUAGGGGAAAUAAAAUGACUGUAUAGCAGUCAAGGAGAACGGACAGAAGGAAAAGUAAGUAAAUACAAUGACUUUUUCUGGAUACCUGCAGUUCAAAAAAACCCACAAUAAAGGAUGCUGGUUUUUAUACAUAUAAAUAUAUAUAUAUUUCAAAAGCAUUACAGUACUUCCUGUAAGAUUAGAAUUACUGUUUCACCAACUAAAUGAUAAUGUCUUUUCCAAAAUAUUACUUUUUUGAUACUGUAUUAUAAGUUCUGCCUGUAAUAUUUUUGCAUUGCUCAUUAUGAAUAUCAGGCCAUUUUGUAAGUGUGGUUAAAGAGCAAAAAGAUUCUUUACAUCUCCAGCAUAAUAUUAUUACAGGGCUCAUGAACUUGAGUAAUCUGUAGUUUGAAGCUCCAAUGCUAUAUUUACAAGAGAUAUGUAUCCAGAAUUUGAUUACUGUGUUUUAUUUAAAAUGGAAUGUUCUCUGGUUGUGCAUAUGGAUGUGAAGUAAAACUAUUAGCCUUAACUUUAACAUUUGGGUAUUUCAUAGUGUUUAUUUUAGUACUGGUGAAUUAGUCACCAGUCAGUUUAAAAACGACAACAACAACAACAAAAAUCACUUGGUUGAAAAAUUGUACUUGAAUAUCCUUGCAUGCUGCUAAACGAGAAUUUUUAUUUCCCCCAUAACUUUUUUAAUCCUACUUUAUUAAGCUAACCUUGAAAAAUAACAGGUCCAAACUAGAGUGGUGUGUGCGUGUAUUACUCAAAUAUUCUGGUGUGAUAUCCUGUAUGAAUGAUCAUUUAAGUACAGUACAUUACUGUAGAAUCUAAAUCAAUCUUUAUAACACAUCAGAAGAGUAUAAAACUAGGAAUACAGUAAUCGACAUUGUAAGAUAUGUUAAUAAAAGUCUACUGUCAA